GCCCAUUGAUUCUACUUCAACUCUUAGUCGAAUCGUCGCAAAAUACACAUGUCAAAUCCGACAGUUGCACUUGAUCCUACGAAACCCACUACUUUUAGCGCUGUUUUUAAACAUGUUUCCCCUCCAACUGCAGUGGACAACUGUCUCUUUUGUAAUCUCUUACACCCAAAAUUCAAAAACUUGGUUGUUGUCAGGGGAUGUUUCCUUGAUGUUUAUUCUCUAAGAACCAGUCAUGACGGUGAGAAACGUUUGAAUUGGAUGAGCACGAGCUGUGUUUAUGAUGAGGUUGUUGAUAUUGUGUCUGUUCGGUUUAUCGGAGACAAACUUGAUUCACUUCUAAUAAGUUUUGCUGAGGCGAAGGUUGCAGUAAUGGGGUUUGAUCCAAUUCAAUACGAGCUCAAAACGUUAUCUCUACACAACUAUGAAUUCGAAAACCUCAAGUCUGGACGCAUUCAGUUCUCAAGACUUCCAAUCCUUCGAGUUGACCCACUUCAACGUUGCGCUGUUCUGUUGGUCUACGACCGUCAUCUGGCCGUCUUGCCGUUCAGGCGUUCCGAGUCGUUAGCAAUGAUCGACAAAACGUCCUCUAAGACAGCAGGAAAUACGAAAAGUGCUAUUUCUUGGGAGAGGCGUGCGACUGCACCACUCUUGUCCACCUUCACUACCUGCCUGAGUACCUCAACUGGCGAAAAAAUCACUAACGUCAUCGACAUGCAAUUUCUCCAUGGCUUUUACGAACCAACCCUGUUGGUUUUGUAUGAACCCAUUGGUACUUGGGCUGGCAGGGUUUCAGCACGCAGGGACACUUGCUGCAUCGUAGCCCUUUCAUUUAAUCUUCAAAAGCGGACAAAUCCUGUGAUUUGGUUCCAGGAAUCGUUACCGUAUGAUUGCAUGUACGUGCAUGCUGUGCCACAGCCAGUCGGUGGAUUGCUCAUUUUGGCGACGAAUUCUAUCAUCUACAUGAAACAGACCCUGCCUUCAUGCGGGCUCCCGCUGAAUUGCUUCGCACAGACGGCCACAAACUUUCCAAUGCGUCAAGAAGUUCCCCAAUGCGGCCCGUUGACACUUGAUGGUUGCUGUACCUUGUCCCUGACGGACUCUCAGUUUCUCCUAGUUACUCGGACAGGAAAGUUGUGUUUGCUCUCCUUGUGGGUAGAGCAGACCACGCAAUCUGUUAGCAGUUUGUUGCUUCACGAAAUCGGCACUGCUGUUCCGCCACGCUGUUUGGCAUUAUUGGAUCCGGGCUAUUUAUUUGUUGGCUCUCGUCUUUGCGAUUCUUUGGUGCUCCGAUACACCGUAUCCUCCAUGUGUGUGAACACUAUGGGGCGGAUUAUCGUGUCUGAAGAAGCCUUUCAGGAGCAACCACUUCCGGACGUUCCCGGUUUUGGCGACACAGACCAAGACAUGCGUAUGGAGAUUGGUGGCGGUGUCACUGCUGAAAGACCCGUCAUUGCAAACGACUCCUCAGUCUGCAUGGUCAAACCCAGUGUGCCGACUACUCACGGAUCAUACACGUUCGAUGAAGUGGAUGUAGAGCUCUACGGUGAAAGUAUCUUAAAUCCGCCCUCUUCUUCACGUGUGAUCACAACUUAUAGCUUUGAGGUUUCCGACCGUCUGGUUAAUUUCGGUCCCAUGGGGAUGUUGACUGCUGGGGAGGUGCCUUGCCUAGCACCCGGGAACACUGACCCCACUGAUGAAGUUUUGGCCGCAGCUCAAGCCGAACUCCAACAUGUAGAGCUACUUGCUUGCGUGCCACGAUCUUUUGAAACUGUUUCCGCUCCCGCCGAUUCACUACGUGCCGGUGGUGUGCUUAUGUUACACACUAGCGUGAGACUCCGUGGUUUGACGGCAUUUGAAUUACCCGAAUACGUAAGCCUGUGGUCACUGUAUGGCCCACCAGUCGCAUCAAUUGUUGCUAACAAGGAGACUAAACGUGAAAACAUCCUGGACGAUUCUACUAUUUCCCAAAAACGAAUGCGCACGGAGGAGGUGCCGAAUGUUGACGAGGAUGGUUGUGCUGAUGUUAUUGUUAACGAUGAGGUCAAAACCGAGGCCGCUUGUGAGGAUGGUGUCGCCACUAUGGUCCAGCCUGUCGGUGCUGACACAAAAGAUGCUCCGAUCACUAAUCAUGUACUCUCACCUGAUGAAGCAGCCACUCAGGCGGCUCCCGAUGAGACUGUUGAACCUGAACCGACGGUGAUGGGAACAUCCAAGAUUUCUCGAAUUCCGGAAGGUCAGAAGUGUCGUGGACCUACUCACAGCUACUUGCUAUUAACACGUGAGGAUUCCACCAUGAUUCUCGAGGUGGGUCAUGAGAUCGUCGAACUGGAAGUCAGCGGAUUUAACACCACUGAGAUGACGGUGGCCGCAGUCAAUCUGGGUGACGUGUACAUUUCCAAGUCGCAUUCAUUUGGUGAAGUCACUCCUUUGGUGGAGGACAUUGCAAGUCCUACCCCAAGCGUUGUCCAGCUCAACUAUGUGUCCACCGAAUCCAGUCAUUUAUCGCAGAGAAAACCACGUGUUGGUCACGAUUAUCCUUACAUCCUCCAGGUAUCACCUACCUCUUUGCGUCUUCUGGAUGGUCCUAAAUUAAUCGAGUACAUUCAGGUCACCUUGGAAUGGCGUAUUCAUCUUGCUAGUUGCGCCGACCCUUAUGUCCUACUGUGCACAGAAGACGAUGAGUUGUUCCUAAUCCGACUACGCACGCCUCAGGAGGUGGAUGCUUCCCAUCCAGUCCCUCGUAUCCCGUCGAAAAAGCCGUCGUUUCUGGACCUUCGAGCACUCGUGGAUUCUUCCUCCUCUACAACCGAAAGUUCCGCCCCAUUCGCCUCAACAGCCCACUUGGAAGUAUUCCGCCCAAAAGUUGGACAGGUAUCUGCUCCCCUAUGCUUUUGUCUUUAUCACGAUCGAGUCGGAUCGUUCGCAUGUUGGAUGUGGAACCAGCAAGCAGUGUCUGAGACACACACUUCCCCAUCCCGUCCUGACUCAGACAAUGUCCCCGGUGGACCCACAAUAGGUGACAACAUUGGUCUGUUCCCGGAAGCCACAAUGGCUGCGUUUGCGCACAUGAACGAUAAUACGUUCCCCCACCUCUCCACAUCCGAUGAGGAAGAUCUGAUUUUAUACGGUGAACUCAUCGAAUUGUGUAAGCGUGAAUUGCCAGAGUUGCCUCCACUGCAUACGGAUACAAUGGAGUCGGAUGAACCUGAUACUGAAUGGGAAUUGGCCUCUGCUAAGUCACGAUAUUUUGCCUUCAUUCUCUUCACCAACGGAGUUUUGGAGAUAUACAGCCUACCAGACUUCACUUUACUCUACGAAGUUCACCAAUUCUCGGACCUUCCCACAAUGCUGGUAGAUCAUCGUGGCCUGAAUAAGAAUCACGCUGCCGGCGGCGGUACCAAUGUGAACCCACCUCUUACUGAAGAGGAGACGAUUUCUCCCACCAUUUUGGAGAUUACUGUUUUCCCCGUAGGCCGGAACAAGGAUCGCCCGAUACUCAUGGCUCGCACCAGCCAAGAGGUGGCGUUCUUCGAGGCUCUCUGCCCACCACCCGGCGAGGCGUAUGCUUCCGUCGCGACCUCAAGGACUGUGGAAGGUCUCCGCUGGCGUCGCUUGCCAAUUCCAUGUCCUCUUAUCGCACCAAGACGCAUUCGAUCCGAUCCGAAAAUCGCCGACGUCCAGUCCACAUUGCUUAAUCGGACUAACAUGCUUCGACCAUUUGAGGACAUCGACGGACACAGGGGAGUUUUUGUCUGUGGUGCCUGCCCUAUGUGGCUGUUCAGCACAGACACCGGCCAUAUCCGCGUCUUCACCCACUCGAUCGAUGGUAUCAUGGGCAGCUUCGCUCCGUUAAACACCACCAUUUGUCCAUCUGGGCUUGUGUAUUUCACCUAUUCGAACGAAAUGCGGUUGGCAACACUACCUCCGGGGUAUUCGUUCCGUGAGAAUUUAGGCAUGCGUUGGAUACCGUUGGAUAUAACGCCUUACAUUGUGCAGUAUCACAUUGAAAGCAAAACUUACUCUGUCGUGGGCACACGGUGCUCUGCUUGCUCCUCUGUGUAUCAUCUCAACGCAGAAGGCAACAAAGAGGAAGAGAUGACUCUGCGGCCACCGACUGCGGUGUUACCUACACUGGACCAAUACGUACUACAGAUGUACGCUCCAUCCUUGUCUCGCGAAGGCACAUGGCAACCCAUUCCAAACACAGGCAUUGAUUUUGAGCCAUGGGAGGUAGUUACCUGUAUGAUAACUGCUCAGCUGGCUUCCGAACAAACCUUUCAUGGAACAAAAGAUUACCUGGCCUUGGGGGCAAAUCUGUCCUAUGGAGAAGAGAUUCCCGUUCGUGGCCGUAUCAUCAUAUUGGACUUGAUUGAUGUGGUCCCCGAACCUGGACAGCCAUUGACUCGCCAUAAACUGAAAACCAUUUAUGACGGGGAACAGAAAGGUCCUGUCACUGCGAUGACCAGUUGUCAAGGUCAUCUGAUCAGCGCCAUCGGACAAAAGGUUUACAUAUGGACACUGAAGAAUGGCGAUCUCGUUGGCGUUGCAUUUGUGGACUCUGAGCUCUAUAUCCACAACCUUUUAUGUGUGAAAAAUUUAGUUUUGGCCGCGGAUGUGCUCAAAUCCAUCCAGCUUCUGCGAUUUCAGUCAGAUCUGCGUGUUUUGUCCGUGGUCAGUCGAGACAAUAUUCCUCGCGAAGUGUUCACAGCCAAUUUCUUUGUUGAUGGACGACGCUUGGGAUUUCUCGUUGUUGAUGAACAAUCGAACGCUAUCAUCUACAGUUACGACCCCUUGGAUCCCGCCAGCAGGUCCGGUCGGAGACUGGUGCGGCGCGCUGAUCUACGCUUCCCCUCCAGAGUUACAUGCUCCCUGCGAGUGGCCAAUCGUCUAAGACAUGCACUUUUAUCCGCGAAGACAUCUGCACAUACACCUCAAGCGGCGUCAUCCACCACUGUGGGCGCAGCUUCAGGCGAGAGCACGGAUCCCACAGUCGGCGCCGCUGCUAGCGGCCCCGGUGUGCUCAAGGUCAGUUCUGGUUCAAAUCCGCCCUCACUUCCCCCGAGUGUAAAUACGGAUCCGGAGAGACUGAAGCAUUCCAUUUACUUAGGGACACAAAACGGCGCCAUAUUCCUGCUCAAUCCACUUCGCGACAAAAUGUACAGCCGCCUACGCAUCACUGAGAAAAAUUUGAUACACCACUUUGGUCCCACUUGUGGUAUGCUGCCCAAGUUAUGUUGGAACUACCGACCGCCACAUCCGGAGUUGGCCAACCCUUGCGGCCAGGUGGCUGAUGCCGAUUUACUUUGGCGUUAUCUGACACUGCCGCACAGCCAACGCCUUGAAAUCGCCAAAAAGUCUGGACAAAGCCUUGAAGGGAUUAUGGACGACAUCGCCGAAUUGAAUGCCACCACUCUGCAUUUCUAAAACGUUCGUGAAUUCUUUUUAUCACAGUUUCAGUCAUUAUCUGUAUUUAUUUUGUAUCAAAUACAACGUUGCACAGUCCAUGC